GAAUAAAGGAAUUAUAGACGGUAUUUCUGAAGCAUGAACUCAGUAGAUGAGGAAAAAGAACUUCAGGCAGAAAUCAAUAAGCUUCAAGAACAAAUUGACCAGCAAAAAGAACUUGUGAAGAGGAUGAUAGAUUUCAAACGUAGGAAAAUACAAAGCGAAACUGAUAAGCUGGCUCAGCUAAAAUCAUUGGUAGAUCAACAGGAAUUCAGUGAAAAGAAACAAUUAAAGUCGAUGAAGGAACAAUUAUUAAGAAAACCAGAAUCAAAAGUUACCAAACCACGGAAAACAGAAUUCAAGAGCACAAGUAUGCAGUCAAACAUGCUAUCAGUAAUGCCCGAGAAAGCAAAGCAAACACAUGGUAAUAACAACGUUGUUAAAUUUUCGGGUAUUGAAUCGCUUUCGAUCCAGGGAAAGCCAAACAAGUUUCAGCGAAAAAUCCUUGCCAACAGGAAGAACUAUUAUUACAAAAACAGGAAUUUUUUUCAUGGCUACAAGUUUGUGUUAGCAAAAAACGAUCAUAAGUUAUGCUUAAUGUCUGCAUCACAUGAACUCACAGGUGAACCAUUGGAAAAUGCUACAAUGUUACCUGUCUAUAUUUCCUUAGGUGGUAAGAAUUAUAUCAAAUCAGCCAAAGGUGAUUAUUACCUAGAAAAUUUGAGCAAAAAAGUACGCACUCAAAUAAGUACAAAUACUUUACCUACGAAUGAGAGUUGCAUUUUUUUUACCAAAACAGGCCAUUGUGGUAAUCUGAAUUGUCUUUUCAAGCAUACCCCAGGGAGGGUAGCGCUUUGUCCAAGUAUGCAAAAUUCAAAACACAAGUGCCUUAACAAAAUUUGCCAUUUCUCACACACUCCCACACAGUUCAACUCUCCAAGUUGUAAGUUCUUUCAGGAAAACAAUUGCCACAACGAGAAUUGCGUUUUUACACAUAAAAGAGAAGUUAAAUCAGCUCCAAUUUGUCGAGAAUUUGCAUGUUUGGGAUACUGUGAGCAAGGACUCAAAUGUAAAUUCACACAUAGCUUUGAGUGUCCAGACGUGAAAGAAUACGGUCGUUGCCUUCGUGGUCGCCUUUGUGCUUGUUUGCAUAAUUCAAACAUCAUCGAGAGCGCAGCCAUCUCACAGGUUCAUAAUGGUAAAAGUAAUACCGUAAGUGAAGUGAGGAACAAAGAUAACGAUCGUGUCAUUCAGGUACUGUAUGAUGACGACAAAGAUUACGAUGUGAAAAGCAAUGAGACAGAUAGCAGCGAUGAUUCCGAUGAAAAUGUAGAGUUCAUUGUUGGACCUGUAGGACAAGAGCUAGCCCAAAACAUGGACUACGUGAGAUUGUAGAAGACAGACAUCUUUUCUGUUCCGUUCAAAAUUACUAUAAAUUUCGAACCUUCAUUCCAUAAUUCAUAUUUAUAGAGUUUUAUAAUGAUUAAUUAAAUAAUUUAAGCAAAGUAAAGCGGG